GGGAUCCGCGGUUCGUGACGGGCCUCUCUCUUCGUGCCAAUCGGCCGUUUACUGUGUCGUGAAAGUGAAGGCGGUUGCAAUCGGGAACGGAACACUGCAUCCCACCAACGAAAGGGGGAACAAAAACGUGUGUAGGGAAGACCUUUUGGUUAAACAAGUUUACCGAGCCGAGUGGUGUUGUAGUGUGCUAAGAAACAACAUUAGAUCAAUGCGCCACAGGACAAUUCGAAAAUCGGACGGUCAGUGUAUUCGGAGCACCUACGGGGCGGCAAUCGGUGCCGUUCGUACCCGAUUAUGACCGUUAGCUCCACCAGAACUCGCAAAUAGAGCAGAAACCGCCCAAAAACCCAUUUACUCGUCAUUUGGCACCGUUCUCGGGGAGUGGGCCUAGUUAUUCGUGAGUGACACCAACACCAAGUGACCAAGCCAAAAUGUUUAAUCGACUGCGGAUGCACAAGGAGAAACCCUCCAAGUCGGAAUCGAUAUCCACCAGCAAUACCGCCGUCAUACAGGAGGCGACGAAGGAGAAUAAAAAUCUUGUGCUCGAUAACAGUCGCUGGGAGCGUCGCCUACAAAAAGAACUGAUGUCUUUAAUCAAGGAACCACCGCCAGGCGUGUCCGUGGAUGAGGAUAGUGUUAGUCAAAAUCUAACGCAGUGGAUCAUAAACAUCGACGGUGUGGAAGGGACGUUAUACGAAGGUGAACACUUUCAACUGUUGUUCAAAUUUAACAACAAAUAUCCGUUCGACUCGCCGGAGGUGACAUUCAUAGGCUCAAAUAUUCCCGUCCACCCGCACGUAUAUUCAAAUGGACACAUUUGUCUGUCCAUCUUAACAGAUGAUUGGUCACCAGCGUUGUCAGUACAAUCCGUUUGUCUUAGUAUAUCGUCGAUGUUGAGUAGCUGUCGAGAGAAGCGGCGUCCGCCGGACAACGGCAUCUACGUGAAAACCUGCAAUAAAAAUCCCAAGAAAACCAAAUGGUGGUACCAUGACGAUUCCGUGUAGAGGGCAAAAUAGGAAGGCAUUUGCUACACCGGGACGGUGAACAACGGUGCUUGCGGACGUUGUUGAUGCGAUUGCGACUGCUUCUCAUGUUAGCCACCAUAGAAAGUAACGCAAAGAAAUUAUGGCGCACCAUCGCGCAACCACCGAGCACACGGCUGUAAUUAGUAGCAGUUUUCGGCGCGGUUCACCAGCAGUUACAAUCAAGAACUGGCACAAACUGAACACCAGACGUCGAGCGUGGGCGUGGUGCGCUUGACGAGCGGAAACACGAAUCCUUGUACCAUACGAGCAAUAUUUAGCUGUGAAGAAAGCGUCAGCGUCAUUGUAUUGUUUAUUUUCUUCACAAUAGAUGCGCAAUCAAACAGAUCCGUUUCCCCGUGACCUUUGCUUACUCUCAUAGGACAAGUUAACCCAAAAAAAAAAAUAAGGUAACUGGCAACGAAAGUCAUCUUAAGCUGCAGCAGAAAAGCAAGAAAACCAGGUUGUUAUUGAUCAAAACUCAGAUCCAGUAUAAGGAAAGCCAGUGGGCAAGAAACAGUAAAAUGCGGCGGCCGCACUGUGAGGUAGUCAGUCAUAUUCUUGUAGUAUUGAUAGCAUAAAAUUCCUCGCAAAAUUUUGUGCUUAAUUUAUUUUAAUAUUUUCCUUCCGUACGUUCGGUAGACCGUCCAACAACAACUCUGCUCGAUGGACGCCAACAGUCAAUGAACUAAUUUUUUACCGUAAGCCUAGCGUUGUAAGAAAGACAUUAAAAUUGGCGUAGCAGCAGAAUAGAAUGUUUUAUGUGUAACAACAACAAAAGAAACUUUCUUUUCAAUCGCUCACGAUUUGCGUUCACGAACCGUACCAAAAAUAAAAGAAAUAAAAUAAAAAGGUACGAUUACUGCACCGAUGGGGGAAUCGGCGGUCGAGAUUAGCGAGGAGAAAAUCGGUUGAUUAGAUUAAGAGAAUGGAGAAUGUAAUGUGUUCAUGUGCGAUUUUGGUGAAAUGUUUGCCUAAAACUCUAGUGGACCCUUCAUAGCGGCCACUGAUACCAUGUAAAGCGGUUAAGCGUACAUCAGAUACCAAAAUUACUCUUCAACAUUCCCAGAAUAUUUUCCUUCUAUAGAUUCUACUUACAAAAGGGGGAUGGGAGGGGACGCAAUGAGGUGCAAAACUAGAAGCGUGAAGCUUUCUCGGUCGAGUGGUACAGUAACUAAGGAAAACAUCAAAAAUAAACCCUUUCGCGAAAGGGGUAGUGCGUGCGAACAAACAAUUUAUGUUAGAAACGAAACACGAGCAGUUGACGAGUCAACUUUUCAGCCGACUGCUCCAGGCACUACUUAGUUAGUAUUCGAAGAACAAAAAUUAUAGUCUGUAUUCGAAUAGUUUAAGUCGGGUUUGUUGAACUGCAAUCAAAAUAUACGACAUGAUGAGUUUUGCAGUCGAAGAAAACUUAAAAUGAGACACACGCGCCUAAGGCCGACUAUAGAAUGUUCCCCCCAAAACAUCUAUGCCGGUUUUGUAGUCAGCAAAAUGGUUACUUUCAAAACAAUUAGAAAGAUGUGUAAACAUUUUCCAGGCGUUAAUAUAAA